UUGUUUUCUCAUGAUUAAGCCUAAAAGUUGUUGAGAAAUAAUCAUUUUGCAUGCCCAUUUAGGUAUCCAAAUAUCAUCCUUGCUAAUAUAGGUGUAUAUGCUACCUUUUGUGUAGUUGGUACUUACCAAAUAUAUCAACAUCUACACCUAGGAAUUCACAAAAGGCACCAUAAUCAUCCUGUAUGGUUGAAUACGAGUAUCUCUCCUGCCCUAUAUAUACAUGGCAUAGAAUGUUUGAGGCAAGAUGCACCCAAACCAUAUUAGGCUGUAAAAAUUCUAAAAUCCUUCAUAGCCCAGCAGCCAUGACUAGAAAGAAGGUGAAGCUUGCAUUUAUAGUUAAUGAUUCUGCAAGAAAAGCCACCUUCAAGAAAAGGAGGAAGGGCCUAAUGAAGAAGGUGAGUGAGCUAAGCACCCUUUGUGGGAUUGAUGCUUGUGCUAUCAUUUAUAGUCCCUAUGAUUCUCAACCUGAGGUUUGGCCCUCUCCUUUAGGAGUCCAAAGAGUGUUGUCUAAGUUCAAAACCAUGCCAGAAAUGGAGCAAAGUAAGAAAAUGGUGAAUCAAGAGAGUUUCCUUAGGCAAAGGAUCACCAAAGCCAGUGAACAACUCAGGAAACAGCGGAAGGAAAACCGUGAGAAGGAGGUCACUCAAGCCAUGUUUCAAUGCUUGACUGGAAAAAUUAACUUGGCUAACUUAAACAUGAUUGACUUGAAUGACCUUGGAUGGAUGAUCGACCGUAACCUGAAGGACGUUGAAAAGAGGGUUGAAACCCUAAACAAAAGGAGUAGGAGUAGUACUGGGGGUACUAGUCAUACUUCCCAAUUGGCAGCAGUUGCAGCCACUGGGGCAGGACCUAGCAAUGGUGGACAGCAAGCACCAGAGUCAUCACAGAAAGCAGACGUGUUGGCUACUACUAAUCUUGGGGUUAAUGUGGAUUCCAUGCUGAGACAACAAUGGUUCAUGGACAUGGUGACCCCUCAAGAGACUGCAAUAUUGGGGUUUGGCGGGGAUGACAAUAUGAUGCUGCCUUUUGGGGAUACCAACCAUAAUGCUCUCUUCUCUAAUCCCUUUUUCCCCUUGAAUUGAUGUUUUAAAUUAACUCGGUAUCUUAAUUAAUCGUGAAAUAUCUUUUAAUUUCCUGAUUUCAUUAAUUCGUUUGGACACAGACACAAU